GUCAGUUCCGGCGGCGCCUCCCCUCCUUGGCGCGUGAGAGCCGAUAAGUUUCCCGGCAUCCUCCGCGCAGCCUCUUUUCGCCUCGCGCGGCCAAGAUGGCGGACACGCAGACUGAGAGGGCUUAUCAGAAGCAGCCCACCAUCUUCCAGAACAAGAAGCGUGUGCUUUUGGGAGAGACCGGCAAAGAGAAACUCCCCCGUUACUACAAGAAUAUUGGCCUGGGCUUCAAGACCCCCAAAGAGGCCAUUGAGGGCACUUACAUUGACAAGAAAUGCCCUUUCACUGGCAAUGUGUCCAUUCGGGGCCGUAUUUUGUCAGGUGUGGUCACCAAGAUGAAGAUGCAGCGCACCAUUGUGAUCCGUAGGGACUACUUGCACUACAUCCGCAAGUACAACCGCUUUGAAAAACGACACAAAAACAUGUCUGUGCACCUGUCUCCUUGUUUCAGGGAUGUACAGAUUGGGGAUAUUGUGACGGUGGGUGAGUGCCGUCCACUCAGCAAGACGGUCCGGUUCAACGUCCUCAAAGUGACCAAGGCUGCUGGCACCAAGAAGCAAUUCCAGAAGUUCUAAAGGCUGCUCUUGGCUCUCCUUGGGAUGUUCAAAUAAACCUUUUGUACAGACCCAGAA